UGAGUAAGUCAAACUAGACAAUCUCUGAAAAGGCCCUGGAACCCAGAUGCUGAUCACUUUCCCUCAAACCCUUCUCCAGCUUCCUGCCUGAUGGCUCUUCCUGACCCCCAUUCUCAGCACCAAGAGAAAGGAACAGAGAUUGCAGAUGUUGGGGGCUUCGCCUCACAGGCAACCGUCCUGUGCCCUCCUGGCAUGUGCAGGGAAGAGCCGCUCUGAAGGGUGAGAGAGGAGCCCCGGAGAGACCGAAGGUGAGGCGGGAGAGACCUGAGAGGACCUAGACGGGAAGCAAGAAGCCUUUGGGGCUCUUAAUGUUCUGUCUGCAGCACCUUGGGGUCUGGGAGGGAAAUGGUAUUUGGAAAGGGACUGGGGCUCUGAGCAGGAGGGGCCUGGCUGGGGACUAAGAUGCCUUCAACUCCAGGGCAGCCCACUGGGCACAUGGAGGGGCCCCCUGCCUCAGAGUCAGCCUCGUGGUCCCCGCUCCCCUGCGGGCCCUGUGUUCCCAUCAUGCUGGCCCUGGCCUGCCUCGCUGCUCUCUUCCUGCUGACCACAGCUGUGUUGGCCGAACGCCUGUUCCGCCGCUCUCCCCGCCUAGACCCCAGCAACCGCACUCCCACGCUGGUCUGGCGCCCCGGAGGAGAGCUGUGGAUUGAGCCUACGGGCACCCCCCGAGAGCGCUCCGAGGACUGGUAUGGCUCUGCAGUCCCCCUGCUGAUGGACGGGGCCCCAGAGGCCCUCAACCCCGGGGGCACCUUGGAGGCCCGAGCAACAGCCCCAUCUGCUCCUUCUGCCCCUCACUCCCCUCCCAGCUCCUUGGUCUUCCAGGCUCCACCCCAGGUCCCAGCCCGCAGCACCUUCUGUGUGCCCCAGCCCUGGGAGGAAAGGUCCCACAACACAGGCAUGGUGAGCUGGGCUGAGCCUGAGCCAAGGCCAGGGGACAGUGUGUACUUGGGGAGCCCUCGGGCCCAGAGGCAUCGGCCUGGCAGCCCUGAGCCUGGAUGGGGACUUCAGCCUCUGGUCACCCUGGAGCAGAUCUCCGCUUUCUGGAGGCGUGAAGGCCGGACCAGCGUGGGGUUCUGAAUGCUCAGGGACUGGAAGACUGGCUACAGCUUUCUAGAGACCAGUGAGGAAGGCCCUACAGCAAGGCUGAAGCCUAAGGCCAUCCUGGGGAAGAAUGCUUCUCCCAGGUCUUUCACUUCUGGAUCUCAAUUCCCCUGGACCUGGAUGGUGGGUAGGCGAGGUGUGGACGGAGCCUGGGUGGCGGGGGAAGCAUCGAGUGCCUCUGCUUAGCUGCCCAGGGCUGUGGCCCAGGGAACUGGGUUGGGUGGUUCAAUUCUGGGCCAGAGCCUCCAAGACUACAUUCCAGAUUAAGAAUUCAAGUUAGCAGACAUGCAGGAAAUGGCAUCGAUCCCAGCCGCUUCAGCCUUCCUUCAGUGAGCACCUAAAAUCCUCCCUAUCAAUAAAGGAGUCUCAAAUAUGCUAAAGAACAGACUGUGGUCAUAACAAGUGUUGGCAUGUUAGUGAGAGAUGACAGGAGUCCAGUUCCCCAAAUCUAUAAAUCUUAUCCCUCCUUAACGCUCAUCCUCAUGAAGUCCUCCAAAAAAAUAUAGAGAGGACAUGACCAGGCAAAGGAACAUUUUAUUACAUACGAGCUGUGGUUUUGACCCCAAAAUUGCAAUGAGGAACUUGGUGAGCCAACUGGAGGGGUUCUUCUUACCUGGAGUUGGGACCUAGAGUCAAAGAAGGCCAACAGGCCACCUUUGCCCAGCCUGGUAAGGCCCUGCACACAUCUCAGCCUUCGUGGUGGGGAAAGCCGAGCCUAGAAGAACUGAGUUUGAGCCAAUGCAGAGAGGAGAACUGCAGGACAGGGCAGCUCUCAAAUGUGGCCUUCGGGCCAUCCUCCCACCAAGCCUGCUGGAGUGACCCCCAGAGACAGCUUUGCCCAAAGAUAGACCUACUUACAAUGCUCUACCCCAUAGCAUAAAAAAAAUAUCCCCCAAAUGCCCUUGGCCCUACUAGCCAUCUGUAUCAGCAGACCUCCCUUUUGGGGGCGGAGCCAGAGGAUGGGGGAGUGGAAGGAGUUUCCAUUUCCCGGGUCUGAUUUUCCAAACUUCAGUCAUGAACAUCAGGCUCUUUGCCACCUGCACUAUUAUUUACCACAUUUUUUCUUUAAAUUGGCUUGCUGUUUGCAUAAUAAAUUUAUUUUAAAAGGAAUCUUUAUUGUAUCACUUCUGUAAAUGGAAAACCAGUAUCACUUACCUAUAAAUAGAAGGUAAAAAUGAAAAUAAAUACAAUGUAAACAAAGUUCUUAAAUUCUAAAUUUAAAGACCUUAAAUUCUUCUCUGCUGGAGGCACUGAACUAAAUACCUGUUCUUUCUUUGUAAAAAAAAAAAAAAAAAAAAGGCGAGGGGGGAGUUUGGUGGAGAUGAGCAAGUGUUAGAUAUUCUAGCACCAAACCAAAACCUUCUCCUGAAAGUACUAAGAAUGCUGAAAACCAAAAGCAAACCAAACCCAUUGCUGUCGAGUCGAUUCCAACUCAUAGUGACCCUACAGGACAGAGUAAAAUUGCCCCACAGAGCUUCCAAGUAGUGCCUGGCGGAUUCAAACUGCCAACCUUUUGGUUAGCAGCUGUAGCACUUGACCACUACACCACCGGGGUUUCCAAGAAUACUGAAAGCCCCUGUAAAAGGAACAGUGAUUCUGUGUUAUUUAACACUGGGCAGGAACCCCCAACUCCAGACACACCUGGGGAAACACUCUUCUGGGCUGAGGCCAACACUCAGCUCUCUCUGCUCAGGAGGGCUGGGGGGGUACCUGGAGCCCCAGCCUCCUCUACAAUUCCUUGGAUACUGGAAGUUGAAGGAACAGCUGAGGGAAUGAGCAGCCCCCAGACUGAGGAACACCAGUGUCUGCAGACCAAGAGCUGGCCCAAGCCCUCUCAUCAGGUGCACUCAUCCAGCAUGGUUCUGAGAACCUGCUCAAGGCGAGGCCCUGGAAAAGGGAGGAGUCAGAUCUGACCCCUGCCCUCAAGGAGCUCACAGUCUCUCUAGGGUUUGGGAAAUGGAGGUAGGAGUGAGGUAAGACAGACCCAUAAGUGAUACAAGCUGGCGAUCAGGGCUCCUGUCCCAUCUCUGUCUCUUAUGAACUUGGUAACUAUUUCAUUUUUCAUGAUCACCAUCAGCUGACAGGACUGGGUUGUGGGACUACUUCCACCAGGAGUUAACAGUCUACCAGGUGUUCAGAGAUUAGAUGCCUACAUGCCAAGUGUUCAGGAUGGAGAGUACACUGUGGAAAGGAUUCCAGGUGUCAUGGAUUGAAUCGUGUCCCCCCAAAAUAUGUGUCAACUUGGCUAGGCCAUGAUCCCCAGUAUUGCGUCAUUGUCCACCAUUUUGUCAUCUGGUGUGAUUUUCCUGUGUGUUGUGGAUUCUACCUCUGUGAUGUUAAUGACGCAGGAUUAAAGGCAGUUAUGUUAAUGAGCACUAUCUACAAGAUUAGGUUGUGUCUUAAGCCAAUCUCUUUUGAGAUAUAAAUGAGAGAAGCAAGCAGAGAGACAUGUGAACCUCAUACUAUCAAGAAACAAGAGCCAGGGAAUAGUGUGUCCUUUAGACCCAGGGUCCCUGUGCUGAGAAGCCCCUUGACCGGGGAAGAUUGAUGACAAGGACCUUGCCCUGAAGCUAACAGAGAGACAAAGCCUUCCCCCGGAGCUGGCACCCUGAAUUUGGGCUUCUACCCUCCUAGACUGUGGGAGAAUAAAUUUCUCUUUGUUAAAGCUAUCCACUUGUGGUCACAGCGGUACAAGAUCUCUGGCUGUUAACCUGGCUCUGUCAUCCAUUCACUUGGAAACUUCAGAAAAAUAAUCUUCUAAAUUGCUGGGUCUCAUAUUCUUUAUCUGAACAACAAACAAACAAGUUGAAAGUUAAACAAGAUUCUCCAUUAGGACUCUUCCAGCUGUGACAUUUGAGGAUGAUAACCGUAGUGGCAUAGUGGUUAAGUGCUACGGCUGCUAACCAAAAGUUUGGCAGUUUGAAUCCGCCAGGCCCUCUUUGGAAACUCUAUGGGGCAGUUCUACUCUGUUCUAUAGGGUUGCUAUGAGUCGGAAUCGACUUGACGGCAGUGGGUAGCAGGUAGUGGUAACAUAAAAUAAAAGAUGGAUGGAUGGAUGGGUGGGUGGAUGGGCUGAUGAAUGGGAGAAUGGAUGGGAGGAUAUAUAGAUAUUUGGAUGGGAGAAUGAAUUGGUGGAUGAAUGAAUGUAUGGAUGAGUGGAUGGGUAGAUAAAAGGAUAGAUGAAUGAAUGGAUGCAUGGAUGGAUGUGAUCUUUUUGAGACAGCCCAACUUGCUAUCCCCAGAAUCAUCUUUAUAUUCCCAACCUCAGAACGGCCUAAAACAUAAAAGGAGCCUAAUGAAAGGGAAUGAUGAGUAAGUGAAUGGAUAAAUAGAUGUAUUCAUUUUACCCUUUCUCCUUUAUUUUCAGUGUAUCUCUCAUUUUUGACACCAUCUUAUUAGUUUCUCAUGUGGAUUCCCUCUUUUAGGUCUUUAGGUAUUUAAAACAUAUUUAUUAUAUUAUUUCCUGAAUUAUUAUCUAAUAAUUCUAUUAUCUGCAGUUCUAGGGUGGGAGCUAAUCCUGCUGCUUGUUGUGUCUGCUUACUUCCAUUAAUGAAAGAUUGUUUCCCCUUACAUUUUGUGUUGUGAACUUGGCUUUAGCAGGACUCAUCAGUGGGAAUCCAUGUGGCCAGGUUUGAGGUAUGCCUCUCUGGAGAGGUUUUGUGUUUGCUUUUGCCAAGGGUACUUCAGAAAUAUUACCAACCCUGGAUAACUUUCUUUGUUAAUUUUAUUUGGGCUUCCCAGGCCAUGCAGACAGUGUAAACUUGAACCCCAAGCCCAAGUGAGAGGAAGCCACUGGUUAUGAAUUCUCAGGCUGGAACUUUUAUUCCCACCAGGUCACAGGGUGAGAUAGAUAAAGUUCUUUUGUGCUUCCCAGGGUGUUGGGUAGAUUUUUUUCUAGUCCAUUCUUUCACUAAGGGUGUAGCUUCUUAAGGGUCCCAGCAGUUUUCAAAUCCCCAAGCAAGGCGUCAUCUCCAAUCCCUAAACACAAAACCAAACCCACUGCCAUCGAGUCGAUUGGAACUCAUAGCCACACUGUAGGACAGAGUAAAAUUGCCCCAAUAGGUUUUCUAGGGUUGUAAAUCUUGAUAGAAGCAGAUGGACUCCGCUUUCUCCCACAGAGCACUGGUGGGUUCAAACUACUAACCUUUCAGUUAGCAGCCGAGCACUUAACCACUGCAUCAUCAGGGCCUCCAGUCCCUAAGUGGGUGUAAAACCCAAGCCUCUUUCUUACCAAGAUCUGUAACCACAUCCAGAGUCUCUCUCCUGAGGUCAAAACCUGUCUAACAUUCUCCUAGAUACACCCUGUGAAUGCCUAAAAACGAUCUCAGGUCAUAUGACCACUCCCCACUGAGCUGAUCCUCUCUAAACUUCACCCUUGGCUCCUUCCUCCCCCUCCCUCAGAACUCUCAUGUGUCCUUGGGUUCUGCCCACUUCUCUCCAUGACUGCUUCCAUGAUCCUGGUUUUGAUCCACUCAUUGCUUAUUUUUCUUAAGUGGUCUCCUGCCUCCAUUUUCCACUUCACACUUACAGUGAGUCUCUUAAAUAUGCUUAAAAGGUUUUCCAACUCCCGUAAUUCCAACAAAUACUUCCUUUCCUUUUGGCAACAAAUCAACCAAAUCCCAAAGGACUAUCAACUGCUCAGACACAAGGUAUCUAAAUCCUUUCAGCUACAGUGUGUCCCAGAGCUCCUAGAGCUUUCAUUCGGGUUCCCAACAUGCCGGGGAGGUAUAAUAUGAUCCUAUUGGACUUAUCCUGGUGUACUUAACUCUAUUAUAAGGAUCUUGGAAAUAAAGAAAGCCUGAAUUUAGCACUUUCCUGAUUAAAACCCAUCAACGACAUCUAAAGCUCAAAUCCCUAACAGAGCUUCAAGGCCGCUCACUAUCUGGCUGCUGUCAACCUCUGUAAGAGGCAUAAUUCUAAAAAUGUCUCCUCAAGCUUUCCAUCCUCUGGUUAUUCAAUCAAAGACUAAUCUAGUGACUGUUGUAAAGGGAGUCUGAAGAUGUAAUUAAGGUUCUAGGCCUUAGGAUAAGGAUGUUAUCAGGAAUUAUUUGAGUGGGUCUUAUAUGAUCACAUGAACCCUUAAAAGCCAAGAAUUUUAUCCAGCUACAGUCAGAGAUAUGUGGUGGAAAGGAAAACCAGAGGAGAGAUGAGGAAAAAGGGAAGGUCAAAGAGAUUCAAAGCGUGAGAAGGAUUCUACCCACCAUUGCUAGCUUUGAAGAUGGAAGAAGGGGGCCAUGAGUCAAGGAAUACAAGCAACAUUUAGAAGCUGAGAGUGGCCCCUGGCUACAGCCAGUAAGAAACAGAAACCUCAGUCUUAUAGCCAAGUGGAACUGAAUUCUGACAACAACUUGAAUGAGCUUGAAAGUAGACUCAUUCCCAGAGGCUCCAGAAAGGAGCAAAGCCCUACUGACGCCUUCAUUUUCUCUUUGUCAAACCCAGAGCAGAGAGGCAGGUUGUGUACUAAAUAAUUAACCUUACCCCAAGAGAGGUCUGGCCUUUGACCUCAGCUCCUGGGAAGUCACCUCUAAGCCUUGGAAUAUCCUGCUUGAUAAGGGUGUUUUUGUUUACCUGGGGGACUUGGGCCAUGCCAGGCUGUAUAUGUUAACAAUGUAAUUUAUGAUGGGGCUUUGGGCCAAGCAGUAUCAGCUCGAUCUCCAGAGGGGCUGGGGACCAAGUUCGGCCAUGCAGUUGGUCAACCAUGGCUAUGUAAACAACCCCCAAUAAAAGCUCUGGAACCAAGGCUCAGGUGAGCUUCCCUGGUUGGCGAUACUCCAUGAGUACUGUCAUACAUUGUUAUUGGGAGAAGUUAGCCCUGGGAGAGGGAAAUUGGGAGCUUUAUGCUUAGAAUGCAUCUGCUCCAUUCUCCUCUUCCCUUGGCUGAUUUUAAACUGUAUCCUUUUACUGUAAAUAAACAAUAACCAUGAGUACAACAGCUUUCAGUGAGCUCUGUGAGGCCUUCUAAUGCACUAUCAAACCUGAAAGUUGUCUUGGGAUACUCCAAACUUUCAGCUGAUGUCAGAAAUGAGGGUGGUCUUAGGGACUCCUGAACUUUGCACACCUGGACUAUGCUGUGCCCAGACUUUUCACUUAAAGAACUGUAAAAUAACAAAUGAGUGUUGUUAUAAGCUGCUAAGUUUGUGGUAAUUUGUUACAUCAGCAAUAGAAAACUAAUACAACUUCUCUACCUCCUCUACUCAUCAUUCCUUACCUCAAUCAACCUUGGCCUUCUCUAUGCUCCAGCCACACUGAACUUUUUUCUUCCACUCUAGGCACCUUUAUACAUACUGUUCCCUCCCUAGAAGAUUCAUCUCCUUUCCUUACUCCUCACUUAUCCUAGAUAAUUCUUACUCUUUAGGUCUCGACCUAGCUGUCACUUUCUAAGGAGGCCUUCCCCAUAGGUAAAAAUAGUAGAAAAUGAUGCUAUAUUAAGUCUAAUGUGGACCCUGUAUCAGUUAAGGAUGCUCUAUGCUUCAAGUAACAGCAUAACAACAGUUAAAGUUAUCUAGUUAUUAAAUGCCUCGACAAUAAGUCUUAGGAAACUGUGGGAAGUCAAUAUACUGAGUAUGCCGGUAUGGAGGCUUGAAAUGAAUUUGGGGUCUCCAUAGCCUUCUUGGGCCAUAGCACCAUCCCUAAACCACAUUCUAGAAACCUCCUAUCAGUUCUUCUUUUAUUGGUCAAAACCAUGUCACAUGUUACCAUGUUACAAAAGAGUCUGAGAAAUCAAAUAACCUGCAAGGAAAAAUGGGAUAGCUGUGAGUAAACUAGACAGAUUGUGAUUCAUCCCUGGCACUCAGCUCAUCCCAAACAAAAUCAGGGCUGCGUUAGCAAGAAAGAAGAGUAGGGGAUAGGGGUGAUGAUGAUAGGAUAGGUAAUGAAGAUUGUCUGCCACAGCACUAUAUAUAUAUAUAUAUAUAUAUAUAUAUAUAUAUAUAUAUAUAUAUAUACACAUAUAUAUAUAUCCUUAUGUCAUGGAUUGAAUUAUGUUCCCCCAAAAAAUGUGUGUAUCAACUUGGUUAGGCCAUGCUUCCCAGUAUUUAGUGGUUGUCCUCCAUUUUGUGAUUGUAAAUUUAUGUUAAAAAGAUUAAGGUGAGAUUGUAACAGCACCCUUACUCAGGUCACCUCCCUGAUCCAAUGUAAAGAGAAUUUCUCCGGGGCGUGGCCUGCACCGUCUUUUAUCUCUCAAGAGAUAAAAGGAAAGGGAAGCAGACAGAGAGUUGGGGACCUCAUAUCACUAAGAAAGCAGCACCGGGAGCAGAGCGCCUCCCUUGGACUUGGAGUCCCUGCACCUGAGAAGCUCAUCUACCAGGGGAAGAUUGAGGACAAAGACCUUCCUCCAGAGCCAACUGAGAGAGAAAGGCUUCCCCUGGAGCCUACGCCCUGAAUUUGGACUUUUAGCCUACUUUACUGUGAGGAAAUAAAUUUCUCUUUGUUAAAACCAUCCACUUGUGGUAUUUCUGUUACAGCAGCACUAGAUGACUAAGACACAGUAUACUAUAUUUUUGCCAUAUAUUAUGGCUCAUCUUGCCAUGUAUUAUAGCCAAAUAACUCUGUUAAUAACAAAUAGCAUUUCUUUCAAUAAAACCAAUCAUUUGCUACAUAAACCAACCUUGAAACUGAAAAAUAUAAAAACUUUGUAAUAUAAUAAACAAUGAAAAUAUUCUAUCAAUAAAAACAAAUGUAACAACCGAUGGCUGCCCUGACAAGGAACACAACAGAGAAUCCCUGAUGGAGCAGGAGAACAGUGGGUUGCAGACCUCAAAUUCUCAUAAAAAGAUCAGACUUUAUUGUCUGACUGAGACUAGAGGAACUCCGGAGGUCAUGGUUCCCGGGCCUUCUGUUAACCCAAGACUGGAACCAUUCCCAAAGCCAACUCUUCAGACAGGGAUUGGACUGGACUAUAAGACAGAAAAUGAUACUGGUGAGGAGUGAGCUUCCUGGCUCAAGUAGACACGAGAUUAUGUGGGCAGCACCCGUCUGGAGGCAAGAUGAGAAGGCAGAGGAGGACUGGAGCUGGUUGAAUGGACAUGGGGAAUACAGGGUGGAGAGGAGGAGUGUGCUAUCUCAUUAGGGGCUGAUCAGCUAGGAGUACAUAACAAGGUAUAUAUAAGUUUUUGUGUGAGAGACUGACUUGAUUUGUAAACUUUCACUUAAAGGACAAUAAAUUUAAAAAAGAAAGAAAAAAUGUACAUUACUGAAAAAAUUAAAGAAGAACUAAAUAAACGGAAGGAUGAUUUGUGUUCAUGGGUUGGAAGACUUAAUAUUGUUAAGGUGUCAACACUACUGAAUGCAAUCUAUGGACUCAAUGCAAUCCCCAUCAAAAUUCCAGCAGCCUUCUUAGCAGGAAUGGAGUCAAUCCUCAAAUUUACAUGGAAUGACAAAUCAAACCCAUUGCUGUCAAGCUGAUUCCGACUCAUAGAAAUCCUAUAGAACAGAGUAGAACUGCCCCGUAGGGUUUCCAAGGAGCAGCCGAUGGAUUCAAACUGCUGACUUUUGGUUAGCAGGUGAGUUCUUAAGCACUGCACCACCAGGGCUCCAUAUGGAAUGACAAAAAAAUAAAAUAAAACCCAUCACCAUCGAGUCAAUUCCAACGCAUAGUGACCCUGUAGGACAGAGUAGAACUGCCUCAUAGAGUUUCCAAGGAGCACCUGGUGGAUUCAAACUGCCGAUCUUUUGGUUAGCAACCAUAGCACUUAAACACUAUGCCACCAGGGUUUCCAUGGAAGGACAAGGGGCCCCAAAUAGACAAUGCAAUCUUGAAAAAGAAGAACAAAGUAGUAGGACUUAUACCUCCUGAUUUCAAAACAUACUAUAAAGUUAUAGUAAUCAAAACAGCCUGGUACUGGUAUAAUGAUAGAGAUAUAGACCAAAGGAAUAGAAUUGGUAGUCUAGAAGUAAACCCAUACAUGAAGGGUCAGUUGGUUUUUGACAAGGGUGAUAAGUUUUUGAUGGGAAAAGAAGAGUCUCUUUAAAAAUGGUGCUGAAACAACUGGGUUUCCACAUGCAAAAAAAUGAAGGAGGAUCCAUACCUUACACUAUAUACAAAAAUUAAUUCAAAACGGGUUAAGAACCCAAACAUGAAAUCUAAAACUAUAAAACCCUUAGAAGAAAACAUAAGGGUAAUGCCUUGCGAAGCUUUUAACAAUGGUUUCUUAGAUAUGACACCAAAAGCACAAUCAGCAAAAGGCAAAGAGAUGAAUAAGACUACAUCAAAAUAAAAAAGGAUUUUAUUAUAACAAGUAAAGAGACAACCCAAAGAUUGGGAGAAAAUUUUUGGAAGCCAUGUCUGAUAAAGGUUUAAUAUUCAAAACACAUAAAGAACUCCCACAACUGAACAACAAAAAGAUAAAAACCCAAUGAAAAAAAUGGGCAAAGGUCUUGAAAAGACAUUUCACCCAAGAAGAUAAACAAAUGGCCAACAAACACAUGAAAAUAUACUCAACGUCAUUAGUCAUUGUUGUUUUUGUUAGUUGCCGUUGAGUAGGUUCUGACUCAUGGUGACCUUAUGUAUAACAGAAUGAAAUGUUGCCUGGUCCUAUGCCAUCUCCAUGAUCUUUGAUAUGUUUGAACCUAGUGUUGCAUUUAUUGUGUCAAUCCAUCUCAUUGGGGGUUUCUCUUGUUUUUGCUGACCUUCUACUUUACCAAACAUGAUGUCCUUUUCUUGUUAUUGGUCUUUGUUGAUGAUGUAUCUAAUGUAAGCAAGACGAAAUCUUGCCAUCCUUGCUUCUAACAAGCAUUCUGAUUGUAUUUCUUCUAAGACUUAUUUGUUCAUUCUUCUGGCAGUCUGUGGUAUAUUCAAUAUUCCUCACCCUCACCACAAUUCACAUAUGUCAAUUCUGUUUUCUUUUUUUCAUUGUCCAGCUUUCACAUACAUAUGAGGUAUUAGUCAUUAACCCAAAAACCCAGUGCCGCUAUGAGUCAGAAUCGACUCGACGGCAGUGGGUUAUUAGUCAUUAGGGAGAUGCAAAUCAAAACUACAACGAGAUAACACUUCAUUCCCACUGGAAUAGGUAUGAUUUAAAGAAAAAAGGAAAUCAACAGAUGUUGGCGAGGAUGUGGAGCAAUUGGAAUACAUAUCUGUUGCUAGUAACAUAGGUCAAAGACUGUAACUCUGAAGACAGUGACCUAUUCCCUGUAGCAGAAUAGGUGGUGAUGAUGGUAGGGCCAAGAGGAGCCCGUCCUCAGGUGACUGAGAGGAGGCCUGCAUGGCUGACAGGGGACGUGCACAGCAAAGAGAAGGGCCUGCUUGCUCGCACGGGCCAAGAGGAGCUGAGAGAGCUGUCCUGCACUGAAGAAGGGAGGAUCAUGCUCUCCAUUUCAGGGGAGCCUUCCAGACAUUGCCUACAUGCUUCCUGAUCUUGAUCCUGUGCUGUAGCCUGCUGAUCUUGAUCCCAAGAUCUUACGUAAGUAACCCUGUUACUUACUUAAGAAACUACUUAAUGCAAGUAUGGUCUGUAAGUUCUGUGUGGCCAUCGCAAUGGGUUAUUGAACACAGCAAAGAAGUAGAGAGCGCCAUGGGGUGGAAGGAUGGUGUCAGAAUUGGUAAAAAGGUUGGAGAGUUGAGGUAUGCCUGACCUCCACCUCAUAGGAAUCAGCUUUUUGCUGAUGGUGAUUCUCAUUAUCCCCACAAAGUUAGACAGGUUCUGAUGCUACUAUUACUACUACCCUUUUACAGACCCCCGUCAAGUACUCAUCAGAGAACUGAUCAGUGCAUGUGUGUGAGGAAACUACUCUAGGACAAGGAAUGAACCUUUUGAAAGGAUUAGAGGGAAGUGCCCAGGGAUCACAUAUGGCCAGGAUCAAUGCCUUUUCAAUUCAGGCAGAGUAGAAAAACUGAUAAUUCACAAGCCAUUGGGUAGAGAACUCAGGAAGGUCUUGCUUCAGUAGUGGAGAAUAAUUAGCCCUAGACUGAGCACUGUUCUGGACCUGACUAACAAAUUAAAAAGAUUACAAAAUAUAUGACAUCCAGUGAAGUAAAAUUCACAAUGUCUGGCAGGCAAUCAAAGAUUCCCAGACAUGAAAAGAGUUAGGAAAACAUGACCCAUAAUGCAGAGAAUAAUCAAUCAAUUGAAACCAACCCAGAACUGCACAGAUGUUAGAAUUAGCAGAAAAAGGCAUUUAAACAGCUAUUAUUACUAUAUUCCAUAUAUUCAAAAAGUUGAGUAGAGACAUUAAGAUAUAAAAAAGACAUAAGACAAAUUUCUAGAAAUGAAAAUUACAAUAUUAAAGAUGAAUGGAAUGAACAGUCAAUUAGAUAUUGCAAAAGAAAAGAUUACUGAACUCGAAGCCAUAGCAAUAGAAAUUAUCCACAAUGAAACACAUAGAGAAAAAAGAAUUAAAAAAAAUGAGAAGCGCAUCGGAGAACUGUGGGACAACUUCAAGCAACCUAAUAUAUGAGUAAUUGGAGUCCUGAACAAGA